AUGCUCGAGAAUCACCACAAGCCCAACAAUCUCUUUUCAGACGUCAACGAAACGAUCGGCUCGAACCUGACUCAGUCCAUAGAAUCCAUCGGAGUGGACUUGGCGCAGUGCCAAGUGUUCAACAUCACGUUCACUAAUUUGGCCGACCAAUUCUUGUUCGACACUUAUAAGGCCAACUUUUUGUGCAGGUUUGUGCAGCGGGACACUUUAUUCAAGACGCUAUAUCUCGGCUGCCGAUAG